CCUCCUCCUCACUUCCUUUCCUGGAGCUAGUGGAGUAAAGCUACGCCCAGGCCCGCGUCCGCCCAGGGCGCAGGAACUUCAGCACCCGGGGAGCGGACAGCGCCCGCUGCACCUGCUCACCUGCUCCAGGGCCUGCAUCCUCCCUCAGGCCACAGCUGCAAGCCCUGGCCGUCCAGCAUCUCUCCCUCCCCCGCGCCCAGGCUCCUGUCCGUUCCAGCUUCUUACUCCCCUUCUCAUUCAUAACAAAAGCUGCAGCUCAGGGGCCCGGCGCCAGGCUCUUUCCAGCAGAGAGCAACGGAGAAAGGAAGAAUGGGGUUCCUUUGGACCGGCUCUUGGAUCCUGGUGUUGGUGCUCAACAGCGGCCAAAUUCAAGCUUUCCCCAAACCCGAAGGCAGCCAAGACAAAUCUCUGCAUAAUAGAGAGCUGAGUGCAGAAAGACCUUUGAAUGAACAGAUCGCUGAGGCGGAGGCAGACAAGAUUAAAAAGGCCUACCCUCCAGAAAGCAAGCCACGUGAAAGCAAUUAUUCUUCUGUUGAUAACUUGAAUCUGCUAAAGGCAAUAGCAGAAAAGGAGAAAGUUCAGAAAGAAAAGCAAUCCAUAAGAAGCAUCCCGUUUGAUAACAAACUAAACGUAGAGGAUACUGAUUCCACGAAAAACAGAAAGCUGAUUGAUGAGUACGAUUCCACCAAGAGCGGACUGGACCACAAAUUUCAAGAUGACCCAGAUGGACUUCAUCAACUGGAUGGAACUCCUUUAACUGCUGAAGAUAUUGUCCAUAAAAUUGCUACCAGGAUUUAUGAGGAGAACGACAGAGGAGUGUUUGACAAGAUCGUUUCUAAACUGCUGAAUCUCGGCCUCAUCACUGAAAGCCAGGCACAUACCCUGGAAGAGGAAGUAGCAGAGGCUUUGCAAAAAUUGAUUUCGAAAGAAGCCAACAAUUAUGAGGAGGAGGCUCUGGAUAAGCCCACAAGCAGGACCGAGAAUCAGGAUGGAAAAAUACCGGAGAAAGUGACUCCGGCAGCAGCCACUCAAGAUGGCUUUACUAACAACAGAGAAAAUGAUGAGACCGUAUCUAACACCUUGACCUUGUCCAACGGCCUGGAAAGGAGAACUAACCCCAACAGGGAAGAUGACUUCGAGGAACUCCAGUAUUUCCCCAACUUCUAUGCACUACUGACAAGCAUCGAUUCAGAAAAAGAAGCAAAAGAGAAAGAAACACUGAUCACUAUCAUGAAGACGCUGAUUGAUUUUGUGAAGAUGAUGGUCAAAUACGGUACAAUAUCUCCAGAGGAAGGGGUUUCCUACCUUGAAAACUUGGAUGAAACAAUUGCUAUGCAGACCAAGAACAAACUAGAAAAAAAUACUACUGACAGCAAAAGCAAGCUUUCCCCAGUGCCGUCAGAGAAGAGUCACGAAGAAACGGACAGUACCAAGGAAGAAGCCGCCAAGAUGGAGAAGGAAUACGGAACCCUAAAAGACUCUACAAAAGACGCUAACUCCAACCUAGGAGGAAAGACAGAUGAAGCCAAAGGGAAAACAGAAGCCUAUUUGGAAGCCAUUAGAAAAAACAUUGAAUGGUUGAAGAAACACAACAAAAAAGGCAACAAAGAAGAUUAUGACCUUUCAAAGAUGAGGGACUUUAUCAACCAGCAAGCUGACGCUUAUGUGGAAAAAGGCAUCCUGGACCAGGAAGAAGCCAAUGCCAUCAAACGCAUCUACAGCAGCCUGUGAAAACGGCAGGCACUCUGAGCCUUCCAACUGUUCCAGCAAAAACAACAUAGCUUAACAACUAACUCAGUGGUUAAAGAUUUCCCAGCCCAGGAGUCUUAGAGUGUGCUGAAUUCAUAGUAGUUAAUCCCUUAGAAAUGGGUAGAGCUCUCUUGCCAUAAAUACCUUAUGAAAAGUAAACUUGUAUGUAAGCUAAGGUUUUUGUAUGUAGAACCUUAUUUCCUCCUGGAUUUACAUUUUAUAAUCAGAGAUGUGCUGCUCUGGAAAAGCCUCUAAUGGGCUGAACGUAAAUGAACCUUCUUCCCACUGUCUUAAGCUCCCUACAGUCUGAGAGGUACCGUUUCAAGGCCUGCUAGACAUGUAAGUACCUCUUUGGAUUUCUGUUACACGGUAUUGCUUCCAACCAUAGUUCUCUGUUGGGCACUGAAAUAAACCCACGUGUCUUGACAGCCUUGACACUCUGAGAAACAGA